CUCUUCUCUCAAAUCCUUCUUCCUGUCGAAACUGCCACACGAUAUGGGGAACAAACGGAAACUAAUUAGCCUGAAGGCUGGCGAUUCGGCUGGCAUUCCGCUAUUUAAAGAUCCAAAGAUUGUCACAAAAAUUCCUAUUAGACAAAAGUCACGUAAAGCUAUACCUAUUGUAACCCCAAAAGUUAGGGGGCAGUUAAAAAACUUCCCAGGGCGUAAUCAGACACCAGCGUUCGUCAGAGCUGGAACGCCACGAGCCACCCGUACCUCAAAGCGAAUCCCUUCUGAUAACCAGUUCUCACUAGAGAAAAAACUGGUGGCUCAAACAGCCACAGGAGAUACCCCCAAUGAUAAAUUUCAUGGUAAGAUAUCCUUGCUGCCUAUAUUUCCGCCCAAAACACCCGCUCUCACUUCUAACGAAGCUAUCGCACAGGCGACAUCAACUAAACUUGGAAACACCCCAAGGAUUACGAGAAAGAACCGAUACCAGAUCGACCUGAAAUAUAACCCUGAUUUGUCCCCAACCGAAAGAUUGAUGAAGGACAGGAGCCUUCACGAUACAGACAUAUCCUUCGGAGUUGUCCUAGAUACGUCCAUGGCCAAGAUUCUCCUGGACGAUCCCAACCUCUCGUGUUCAACCCAAAUCAAAGACAAGGAAAAUGUUGACCCUGGUGAACCAAAAUACAUUUUCUAUCAAGAGAUUACCCCUUCCCCCUCGGUGGACAAUUCCAAACGAAUUUCAAACACACUGAGCGUCAGCAGUGCCAACUUUGACGAUCUACUCCGGCAAUUCGAGCACGAUCCAGCCUACUUCGCUACAAUGAGCCCUAGUGACUUGGAAAAAUGGAGUACUGCUGGGUACCUGUUGCUCGGGGACUACUCCGAGCUUAAAAAGCAGGCGGCUGCCGCCAGGAGUAGAUUAAUUCAUGGGCAAGCCGUCAUACAAGGGGUGUUGCAGCACCAUGCCGAGAACCAGGGCGGCAGCGGGAGGGAGACUGAUCCAAAAGCUAGGAAACUCUCUAGGUUUGGCAGCGCGAUGCUUAACAUACUUGGCUGAAACCGAUUCUUUAGUGUUUCUAAUCUACAAACAAGGA